UGUUUCUUACACUGUCUCUCUGCUUGAGGGUUUUCCCCUCCGCGAAAGCCACGUCUCGCGCGUUUCCAGUUCAAAUGCUUUCUUUAUGGAAAGGAGUCAUGGGUUUAAUUUAGUGUACGUGGGACUGGGGCAUCUUCACUAUGCGUUCCUCUGCAGGAGCGCUUCCGUUAGAGGGGCAACUUUUCUGUGCGCCACGGCACCACUGAACCAUCUCUCGGUGGGGAAAGUUUACGGGCAAUCUCCGGUGACCAUGGGCUCUCGGUGAGAGCUCCGGCUGCCACUUUAUUUCUCUCUUGAAAGCCGCACGACAAGAUGCAGAAAAGCGUCCGUUACAACGAAGGGCACGCGCUGUUUCUGUCGGCAAUCGCGCGUAAAGAGGGGAUCAAGCGCGGCUACCUAAACAAGAAGACUGCAGAGAACAGCCGAUGGCACGAGAAGUUCUUUGCCCUCUACCAGAAUACACUGUUCUACUUCGAGAACGAGCAGAGCGCGCGACCUGCUGGGAUUUACCUGUUGGAAGGAUGCAACUGCGAGCGCGCACCGGCGCCCAAAAUUUCCACGACUGGGAAGGAAGCACUGGAGAAACAGCACUACUUCCUCAUUGUGUUUGGUCAUGAUGGACAAAAACCUUUGGAGUUGCGUACAGAGGAGGAAAGUGAAUGCGACGAAUGGGUGGAGGCCAUCCAACAGGCGAGUUAUUCUGACAUCAUCAUUGAACGAGAGGUACUGCGGCAGAAAUAUAUCCACCUUGUACAGAUUGUGGAGACUGAGAAGGUGGCUUCCAAUCAGCUCCGCACUCAGCUGGAGGACCAGAACACUGAAAUUGAAAGGCUCAAGUCUGAGAUUGUAGCUCUGAACAAAACUAAGGCGCGGAUGAGGCCUUAUCAUGUUUACCAUGAAAACGAAGAUCCUGAUAUCAAAAAGAUCAAAAAGGUGCAAAGUUUCAUGCGAGGCUGGCUCUGUCGCAGGAAGUGGAAGAUCAUUGUACAGGACUACAUUUGCUCUCCUCAUGCUGAGAGCAUGAGGAAGAGGAACCAGAUCGUCUUCAACAUGGUGGAGGCAGAGACAGAGUACGUCCACCAGCUCUAUAUUCUGGUCAACUGUUUCCUCAGACCUUUGAGGAUGGCUGCCAGCUCCAAGAAACCCCCCAUUAGCCACGAUGAUGUGAGCAGUAUCUUCCUCAACAGUGAGACCAUCAUGUUCCUUCACGAGAUUUUCCAUCAAGGUCUGAAGGCGAGGAUAGCCAACUGGCCCACUCUGGUGUUGGCUGACCUGUUUGACAUCCUGCUGCCCAUGUUAAACAUCUACCAGGAGUUUGUCCGUAACCAUCAGUACAGCCUUCAGGUUUUGGCCAACUGUAAGCAGAACAGAGACUUUGACAAGCUGCUGAAACAGUAUGAGUCUAACGCUGCUUGUGAGGGAAGGAUGCUCGAGACCUUCCUCACCUACCCCAUGUUCCAGAUUCCUCGAUACAUCAUCACAUUGCAUGAAUUACUGGCACACACACCUCAUGAGCAUGUGGAGCGUAAGAGCCUGGAGUUUGCCAAAUCCAAAUUAGAGGAAUUGUCCAGAGUAAUGCAUGACGAGGUGAGCGACACAGAAAACAUCCGCAAGAAUCUGGCCAUAGAGAGGAUGAUAGUUGAAGGCUGUGAUAUCCUGCUGGACACUAGCCAGACCUUCGUCAGGCAGGGCUCUCUGAUCCAGCUGCCAUCAGUGGAACGAGGGAAACUAAGCAAAGUCCGUCUGGGGUCUCUGUCUCUGAAGAAAGAAGGGGAAAGGCAGUGCUUUCUCUUUACCAAGCACUUCCUUGUUUGCACUCGCAGCUCUGGGGGAAAACUACACCUUCUUAAGCAAGGUGGAGUUUUGUCCCUAAUUGACUGCACCCUUAUAGAGGAACCUGAUGCUAAUGAUGAGGAGUCCAAAGCUGGUGGUCAAGUGUUUGGCCAGCUGGACUUUAAGUUGGUUGUUGAACCAUCAGACUUACCGCCGUUUACUGUGGUGCUGCUGGCACCAUCGCGGCAGGAGAAGGCUGCGUGGACCAGCGAUAUUAGCCAGUGCAUAGAUAAUAUCCGCUGUAAUGGCUUGAUGACCAGCGUAUUUGAGGAAAACUCCAAAGUCACUGUGCCUCACAUGAUAAAAUCCGAUGUGCGCCUCCAUAAAGAUGAUGUUGACAUUUGCUUCAGCAAGACACUCAACUCCUGCAAGGUCCCCCAGAUCCGUUAUGCCAGUGUGGAGCGGCUUCUGGAGAGGCUGACCGACCUGCGCUUCCUCUCCAUAGACUUCCUCAACACCUUCCUGCACACUUACAGGAUCUUUACCACUGCAGCGGUGGUCAUGGACAAACUGGCUGACAUCUACAAGAAGCCAUUCUCCUCCAUACCUAUCAGGGCACAGUACCACUCAUUUGACCGUCUGUCUAUCUCAUCCAUCUGUCCUGACUACUGUAUGAAGAUCAAGAAGAUAGCCAUGGAUCAGUCUAAGUCCUUGGAGUUGUUUUUUGCCACAAAUCAAAAUAACAGAGGUGGUGAGCACAUAAAUGAUAGAUCUCCUCGUCUCUGCCGCAAGUUCUCCUCCCCUCCUCCCUUGUCUAUCCCAUCCCGCACCUCCUCGCCAGUUCGAACUCGAAAGCUUUCCCUGCACUCUCCCAUCACUGCUAGGGUUGGAGGUCUUGACCUGACCAGUCCUCUGUCCAACUCCAGCAUCAAUCACAACAGUUCCCAGUCUGCUGCCAGCAGUCCCACAUCAGCACACACCCCUCAAACCCCCACACCUCAGACUCCAACCCCAACUGCUACCUCUCCUCCUCCUCCUCCAUCUUCCACAUCGCCCCCACCUAGCAACUCCAAGCCAACACAGGAUCAAGCCUCUCCCAUUCCCUCCUCACCGGACCAGAGUCCUUGCCCAACAGCAGAGGGUGAGGAAGUGCCCAAGAUUGACCCCUUCUGUGGCAAACUUCGACGGAGCAUCCGUAGAACUGUUCUGGAAUCAGUGUCACUGGAGAAAAUCAUCCCAGAAUCGCCACAGACCAGUGAAGCAGGAGACAUGUCGCCAUGUCGCUCUCCAUCCACACCUCGACACCUCCGCUACAGACAGCCUGGAGUCCAGUCUGGGGAGAAUUCACGCUGCUCAGUCUCUCCUGCCUCAGCUUUUGCUAUUGCAACUGCAGCAGCAGGACAUGCUUCCCCACCAGUGUUUGCCAACUCAGAGAGAACCUGUGAUAAAGAGUUCAUCAUCCGCAGAGCUGCAACUAACAGAGUUCUCAACGUGCUGCGCCACUGGGUCUCCAAACACUCACAGGACUUUGAGAUGAAUGGGGAGCUGAAGAUGUCAGUGGUCUAUCUCCUGGAGGAGGUGCUCAGAGAUCCAGAUCUUCUGCCUCAAGAGAGAAAAGCUACUGCCAAUAUACUAAGUGCCCUUUCUCAAGACGAGCAGGAAGACGCCCAGUUGCGGAUAGAAGACAUCUUACAGAUGGCGGAUUGUCUGAAGGCAGAGUGUUUUGAAUCACUGUCUGCGAUGGAGCUGGCUGAACAGAUCACUCUGCUGGAUCACAUUGUCUUCAGGAGCAUUCCUUAUGAAGAGUUCCUGGGUCAGGGCUGGAUGAAGGUUGAUAAGAAUGAGAGGACGCCCUACAUCAUGAAAACAAGUCAACACUUCAACGAUAUGAGUAACUUGGUGGCAUCCCAGAUAAUGAGCCACACUGACGUAGGUUCAAGAGCCAGCUCCAUUGAGAAGUGGGUCGCAGUGGCGGACAUCUGUCGUUGUCUAAAUAACUACAAUGGAGUGCUGGAGAUCACAUCUGCACUGAAUCGCAGCGCCAUUUUCCGUUUGAAGAAGACUUGGGCUAAAGUCAGCAAACAGACUAAAGCUCUGAUGGACAAACUGCAGAAGACAGUGUCCUCUGAGGGAAGAUUUAAAAAUCUGAGGGAGACCUUAAAAAACUGCAACCCUCCAUGUGUGCCAUACCUGGGAAUGUAUCUAACAGACUUGGCCUUCAUUGAGGAGGGAACUCCAAAUUUUACAGAGGAAGGUCUCGUUAACUUCUCCAAAAUGAGGAUGAUUUCCCACAUAAUCAGAGAGAUCCGACAGUUUCAGCAGACACCUUACAGAAUAGAGCAUCAAGUCAAGGUGACUCAGUACCUUCUGGAUAAGACUCUGACAAUGGACGAGGACACACUCUAUGAUCUCUCGUUGAAGAUUGAGCCCAGGCUGCCUGCCUGAGUUAUAGCCGUUUAUGGAGCGCAUGGAGGCCUGCCAAACCUGGACCCUCCCUUUAGGGUGACACGACUAUGUGAUCUCAUCAAUUAAAGGGGAAAUUGUGAAUGGAAAAAUAGUGAAAAGUUUUGAGAAAAACAUGGAAAUAGAAUGAAAUGUUGACUGAAGUGAGAGAUGAAGUGAGAAAUGAAGAAGUGAGUUUUGCAACUGACUGAGUUGGCAUAAGAAGGGGACGAGUAUUUGUAAGGUGUUGUAUUGACUGUCUUGAUGAGGCAAGAUGAAAACAUGCUGGUUUCAUUGCAUUAGGCUCUAAGGAAAUUACAUGUCGAUGUUUGUGCUCAUAAUGCCUGAGUCCAGAGUGAGGUGAACAUGACAUCGCAUGUCCUCAGAAAGUCUGAGAGUGCAGGAAGGGUAGACAGCAUGGAGUGAGAUGAUAAAAUACCGUGCAUGUAACAGAGAUGUAGCAUAUACAGGAAGUGUGGCAGACAGAUGUUUGAGCUUGUGUCUCUAUGUUGUUGUCUGUAUGCUGUUGCCUGUGCAUUUCUGUGCCAUGCCCUGGAGCAAGAUCCCUAAAAUGCUUUAUUUCAUGAUGGUCACUGCAUAAAACCUGCAUGAUUUCAGCUCAGGAUGCAGCUGUCUGACUAGCCUUUAAGCUAAACCCCUGACCUUCAGCUUAGCAUGUUUCACUUACUAACCAAGGUGACUCUAAGCGACUAUGCAUCCUCAAUGGGCUGGGAAUGGCAAAAUGCCUUUAAAACUUCAAAUAUAUUACAGAAAAAGACAAAAGUUUAAAUCAAAAUUUGAUAUAUAUUGAAGUAGAUUUUCAUGAUUCCCCCUAAUAAAACAUUGAUUUCUGUAUUCAUUUUUACUCAGUCUUUAAAGACUUCUCAUACAACCAGAAUGCUAUUUUUAUAAAGCAACAAUGUCCACAUGAAUGACACAAAACUAAAAUUUUACCAGUGCCUUCCUAUAGUGUUGAUCAAUUUCCCCAAAACUGACAUUUUUCCAAAAUAGAGCUUCAUAUGAUUCCUGCAUUGCCUCUAAAAUAAUUUCUAAAUAGCCCGUAAUUGAAUUUUUCCCCCAUAAGAGAGGUCACAUAAACAUAAUAACGGUAGUGUAGCUUGUAAGUGUAAUUACAAAAUUGGAUCAUAAGCAAAUAUUGCCCUCUACUGUUUAAACAUAGUCAUAACCUCUUUGAAUCCAAGGCUUUUGCAGCAUUUUUGUGCAGUCUGUUUUUUUGGGCUUUUAUAAACUGUCGGCUGUACUAAUGUGUGUGGUCAGGCUGUAGUGUGGAACGGGAACCUGACUAUAGUUUAGAGUGGGACAGUUUUUGCACUCUUGGAGAUGUAGCUUUGCUUUAUUGACAGUAUAAUCAUUGUUUACCAUACUAUUUUUUGUGAUGUCAGACUGUAAUUAAGUUAUUUUUGUAUAUAAAAAUACACAUUUAAAUGAUAAGGAAAUUGCUAUGCUGUGAAUAUUAAGUUUAUUGUUUUCCUUUUUUGACUUUUUUGCAUUCAUGUUAUAGUUUUGCAUCCUAAAUCCUUGUACAAAAAACUGUUUAGUUUGAUUCUUUCUUUUUUUAAAAUGCCUUUUGAAGGUUAAAAAAUGUAGCAUUUGAAUGAUCACACCUAUGUUUUCCAUAUUGAUUAUAUGAUAAAUAUAGUUGCAUGCACACAACAGCUGCAUGCUGUGCAUGUCUGACUUGAUGCUCCUUGGACCUUCUUCCUAUGCUUCUCUAUAUUAAUAUUGUCUCUGUAGCUAUUGGGAAAAAGGUAUAAAAAACAAUAUUUUGUCCAUUAAAUCUGGCACGUUUGUCUCUUAGUGUAUCUCACAUGUCAAGUAUAGCCUCAAGGCUACGUCAUCUACAGAACAGCCUGUUGUUAUGUAGUAGUGUGUUGAAAUGUUCCACAUUAAAAAGAGAAAAAGAAAAAAAUUUCCAGAUGGAUCAGAGAAAAUGUUAAAAACAAAAAGAGAAAAAAAACUUGUCAUUUGCACUGUGUCUAUUUCUGUUUAACAAACAGGUUUGGGAGUACAGGAUGCUAUGUUUGUAUGUGAUAUUAUUUGUGUGUAUUUCUUUCUGUCAGUUUCUCUGUUUGCAUUUUUUCACUUGUGGAUGCAGGGGAAAUAAAUACAACAUGCCUUA